GAGACAAAUCCAGCAGCGCGUACGGGUAGUUAGUUGCCCAAAAUAACGAAGCUUUCCUUUUUAUGGAGUCUGUCGGCAUUUAUUAUUGGUGUGAGAUUCUUUAAAGGGUUUGCGUAUAACGUUGCUGCUGUUUGACUAUGAGGGACGUUGUUGUGCUUUCUUUGCUGCUGCUGAAUGUACAUCACGCCGUCUCGGCACCUAAAGGCGUCACUGCCAGUCUGAAGGCCAAGUGGAGCAUGACGCCUUUCCUCCUGGAGACGAGCGAGUUUAUUGGAGAAGAUGGGAAUGAAAAAUUCUGGCAGUUUGUUGACACCGUGAAAGAACUCAGUGUUUACAAACAAGGAGAGUCUGUGCGCUCCUACUACAACUUGGUCCUUAAGAAGGCCGGACAGUUCCUCACCCAGCUUCAAGUUAAUCUCCUCAAAUUUGCUGUGGCCCUGAGGUCUUACUCACCAGCUAUUUAUGCAGCCCAGCAGAUAGCAAGUGAUGAACCACCGCCCAAGGCUUGUCCUGCUUUUGUUUCCAUCCACGGUCAACAUAGCUGCAGCACCAAGGACAUUAAGAAGCUCCUGAAGGCAGCUGCAGGCAGGCCAAAACCAUAUUUGUACAAGAACGAUCACAGAUAUCCAACACUCAAUAAGACAGACGUGCCAGUUGUGAUCCUGUAUGCUGAGAUUGGAACCAAAAAGUUCAGCUCAUUUCAUAAAGUGCUGUCAGAGAAAGCUCAACACGGCAUGCUCAUCUAUGUACUUCGGCAUUUUGUGGCGGAUCCAAAGCCUAAAAAAAUGCUUUUAUCUGGCUAUGGGGUUGAGUUGGCUAUUAAAAGCACAGAAUACAAAGCUGUGGAUGACACCAAAGUAAAAGAUUCAAAGAUGGAUAUAAAUGCUGAAGAUGAUGACAAUGAAGAUGAAGUCCAAGGAUUCUUCUUUGGAACAUUAAAGAAAUCCCAUCCCGAACUUCAGGAGCAGCUUGUUGAACUUCGCAAGCACCUCUUGGAGAGUACCAAUGACAUGGCCCCUUUAAAAGUUUGGGAACUGCAAGAUCUCAGUUUCCAAGCGGCAUCAAGAAUCAUGUCUGAGCCAAAGUAUGACGCCCUAAAACUUUUGAGAGACCUUAGUCAGAACUUUCCAAGAAAAGCCAGGUCACUGACAAGAGUGGCCGUAAAGCCGGAAAUGAGAAAAGAAAUUGAGGAGAACCAGAAGCAUCUUAGCGAGACCAUGGGAGCUAUCCCAGGUGACGGAGAGCUGUUCAUCAAUGGACUGCACAUUGAUCUGGAGAUUCACAACCCUUUCAGCAUUUUAGACAUUCUCAGAAGAGAAGCCAAGGUCUUGGAGGGUCUUCACAACCUAGGCGUAAAAGAAGAGUAUCAGAGCAAGCUGCUUAGGCUGCCUGUACAAGCUGUUGAUGAAAGCUAUGCCUUAGAUAUCAGACAUCCAGCUAUAAUGUGGUUAAAUGACAUCGAGAAUGACCCAAUGUACCACACCUGGCCAGCAGGUGUACAGGAGUUACUCAGAGCCACUUUUCCUGGAGUAAUCCGUCAGAUACGUCACAAUUUCUUCAACUUGGUGCUGUUCUUUGAUCCAGUACAGGAAGAAAGUAUUGAGCUGAUGAAACUGGCAGAACUCUUCUACAAGCACAAGAUUCCGUUGAGAAUUGGAUUUGUAUUUGUUGUAAACACCCAAGACGAGAUUGAUGGCUUCUCAGAUGCUGGGGUUGGAUUUUACCGACUACUGAAUUACAUUGCAGAUGAAUACGAUUUACCCCAGGCUUUGAGGUCUAUAAUUUCACUGUACAAUAAAGUGGAUGUAGGAGAGAUGCUGACGGUAGAUACAAUCUCUGCUUACUUGAAGAGAAAUUUCCCCAAGGUCAGCCCUGAAAGGAUUCUUGGAGUAGAAUCUGAGUAUGAUGACAAAAGAAAGGAUGGUGCCCACUUUUAUAAAAAGAGUGGCCUCGGGGCCCUGCCUUUGGCUUUAUUCAAUGGAGUCCCUCUGAGUCCUGAGGAGAUGGAUCCAGGUGAGCUGGAGACAGUUAUCCUGCAGCGCAUAAUGGACACCACCAACAUCUUCCAGAAAGCCGUCUUUAUGGCUCAGUUGACUGAGGGGAUGGAUGUGGUGGACUACCUGAUGGAACAGCCGAAUGUGGUUCCCAGAAUAAACCCUCUCAUUUUAAACACCAAACGAAACUACCUGGACUUCACCGGCACCCCAGCUGUGGAUGAUUGGGAAGACACAACUAUGUUUUCAUUCCUGGACUCCAAGGACAAGACAGCGGUGAUGGCAAAGAGAAUGAAGUACUUUACAAAUUAUGAUGCAGAUGGUAUGAGUGGUGUGACCAUGUGGAUAGUGGGAGAUUUUGAGACGGCUUCAGGACAAAGACUUUUACUCAGUGCCCUGAAACAUAUGAAGGCCAGUCCUGGAGUCCGUAUGGGGGUGAUAGAUAACCCCAGCAGUAAGCCCAGCGAAGAUAACACUGUGCGCUACAGAGCUAUCUGGGCCUUCUUCCUCACUCAGAAGAAUAAGGCUGCAGCAGAAUUUGUGCAAAAACUUCUGCGAGAGGAGAGCAAGCAGCUCCUCCAGCAGGGAACCAAAAUGAAGGACUUACUCCAACAGGGCAUGGACAAAGAUGCCUUUGAGAAGAAGUUCAACACAAUGGAGGUGGAUUUCAUUCGCAGUCAACAGCUGUUUUGCAGAGACGUUCUGAAACUGAGAUCUGGACAGAGAGCAGUAGUCAGCAAUGGUCGUGUCCUUGGGCCAUUUGAUGAGCAGGAAGAAUUCACGGUGGAGGAUUUCCACUUGCUGGAGAAGAUAACGAUGAGAGGUUCUGCAGAGAAAGUCAAAGCCAAAGCUAAACAGAUGGGAAUGAAAGCAAAGCCAGCCAGUGAUUUGGUGAUGAAAGUUGAUGCCCUCCUAACUGCAGCUCCCAAAGGAGAAGCCAGGAGGGACAUCCACUUUAUCAAAAACAGCCACAGUGUGCUGCGUCUCGCUCCACGUGAAAACGAGGUGUUCUAUGAUGUGGUGGCUGUAGUUGACCCCCUCACAAGGGAAGCACAGAAGAUGUCUUCUUUACUGAUUGUGCUCAGUCAAGUGGUCAAUAUGAAACUGCAGGUGUUUAUGAAUUGCAGGGCCAAGUUGUCCGAGACACCCCUCAAGAGUUUUUAUCGCUUUGUGUUGGAGUCGGAUGUGAGUUUUCUGGCUAAUGACACGGUAUCAUCGGGUCCAGUCGCUCGCUUCAUGGAGCUCCCUGAAUCGCCGCUCCUCACUUUGAACAUGAUCACACCAGAGAGCUGGAUGGUGGAGGCUGUACGCAGCUCCUAUGACUUGGAUAACAUCCACCUGGAGGAGGUGAGUGGGGUUGUGACAGCAGAGUAUGAGCUGGAGCAUCUGUUGCUGGAGGGCCACUGCUUUGACCUGUCAACUGGCCAGCCACCACGUGGACUACAGUUCACCUCGGGGAUGAGUCGAGACCCCCUCAUGUAUGACACUAUUGUCAUGGCUAACCUGGGAUACUUCCAGCUGAAAGCAAAUCCUGGUGCCUGGAUACUGAGAUUACGUAAAGGGCGAUCGGAUGAUAUCUAUCAAAUUGUUUCGCAUGACGGAACCGAUUCCCCUUCAGAUUCUGGCGACGUCAUUGUUGUCCUCAACAGUUUUCACAGUAAGAUCAUCAAAGUCAGAGUUCAGAAGAAAGCAGACAAGAUCAAUGAAGAUCUUUUAAGUGAAACCAGUGAAAGCAAAGGCAUAUGGGACUCUAUAUCAAGUGUUUGGAGCACUUUUGAGAAAAGCAUCACAGGUGGUGGUUCCAAGAAGGAUGAUGGAGAGAAGAAGAAAGAGGAUGUUCUAAAUAUAUUUUCUGUGGCUUCGGGCCAUCUGUACGAGCGUUUUUUGAGAAUAAUGAUGCUGUCCGUACUUCGGAAUACCAAAACCCCCGUCAAGUUCUGGUUCCUUAAGAAUUACCUCUCGCCUUCUUUCAAGGAAACCAUUCCUCACAUGGCGAAGUCAUAUGGCUUUGAGUAUGAAUUAGUUCAAUACAAGUGGCCUCGUUGGCUCCACCAGCAGACGGAGAAGCAGCGUAUUAUCUGGGGAUACAAAAUCCUCUUUCUGGAUGUCCUGUUCCCUUUGGCUGUGGAUAAGAUCAUCUUUGUGGACGCCGACCAGAUAGUUCGGGCCGAUCUAAAGGAGUUGAGGGAUUUAGACCUAGGGGGGGCCCCUUACGGCUACACCCCGUUUUGUGACAGCCGCAGAGAGAUGGAGGGCUAUCGUUUCUGGAAAAGUGGAUAUUGGGCCUCACAUCUUGGAAAUAGGAAAUACCACAUCAGUGCUCUGUACAUAGUAGAUUUAAAGAAGUUCCGCAAGAUUGCAGCUGGAGACCGGUUACGUGGCCAGUAUCAAGCUUUGAGUCAAGACCCUCACAGUCUGUCCAACCUGGACCAGGAUCUGCCUAACAACAUGAUCCACCAGGUGGCCAUAAAGUCUCUUCCCCAGGACUGGCUGUGGUGUGAAACAUGGUGUGAUGAUGCCUCAAAAGCCACAGCAAAAACCAUAGACCUGUGCAAUAACCCAAAGACCAAGGAGCCCAAGCUAUCAGCGGCAGCAAGGAUCGUGCCCGAGUGGGUGGAGUACGACAAUGAGAUCAAACGGUUACUGAGACACAUCCCAGAGGAGGACAGACAUGACACAGCAGCGCAGAGGCGAACGCCACAUAAAAAAGACAAACGGCGUGAUGAACUUUAGCAGCAUCCUUUUGCACCCAGGACACCUGUGAGGCUUGAACACAUUUUCCAGCAAAACAGCUGUGGAGCGUUAACGUCACCGAUGUGGCAAAGAUGAAGAAUUGUAACAGUGCCAUAACUACUCCGACAGGAAGUACGUCCUAAAAAAAUAAUACAUGCAUUAUGUUCGGGUUAACGGCUGAAUGUCAACACUGCAGUCAGAUCUUGGUUGGUUAAGUGAUUAUUUUGAAGUAAACAUAGUGAUUUUAAUGGGG